AUGAGCGAUUUCCGAAGCACUCAUGAUAGCAAAAUCGAUUCAGACUUUGAUGCUGGCCUCUCUGAUAGGGAACCGACACAAAACCCGGGAGAAGCACCACCAGACACUGAAGGAGAAGAAGAGGAUCCCGAAGAAAUCUGGGACGGGACAGAGCCAGCGAUCGAAGAUCUCAUCCAUCUGGACAAUACUCACUGCAGAGCCAACUUCAUCGGGCCAACAGUGGAGACAGAACACGAUCUCUUAGUCUGUGGAAAGGCAACCCGGCAUAUGAAUGGGGAAUCUGUCUUCCAUGGCAAGCGAAAUGGAUUCCGAUGCUCCGAGGAGAAGAUGGAGGCGCGCCUUUGUCUUGAUCAUGUCAGGCUCUCGGAUGACGAUUACCCACGAAGCAGUGGAGUGGACGAGAGCGAAGUGGAGUCAGAAAGAGAGACAGACGAAUAUCAGUCAUGUAUGGAUAAGAUUGCGGCAGAGAUUGCAAGAUUGGAACAGGUGUUGGGAUAUGACGAAAUAUGA